CGGGAGCAGUUUCCUUGGAAGAAAUCCCUCUUAAGUUGCUGAAACAUGAAAAAAACCAUUUUCCUCCUUCUCGUUGCUUUGCAUUUGGACGAAGCUUUUGGAUGGGGAUUCAAGAACGGGAUCCUGCACAACUCCAUCUGGCUAGAACAAGCAGCUGGAGUCUAUCACCGAGAAUCAAGGAACGGAAAAUACCAACUCACCUACAGAGAAGCGAGAGCCGUGUGUCAGUAUGAGGGGGGUCAACUUGCUACAUACGAGCAGCUGGAGGAAGCAAGGAAGAUAGGGUUCCAUGUCUGUGCCGCGGGAUGGCUACACAAGGGCAGGGUGGGCUAUCCCAUCGUCAAGCCCACAUUCAACUGCGGAUUCGGAAAGAAAGGCAUCAUUGACUAUGGCUACCGGUUAAACAAGAGCGAAAAAUGGGACGCCUACUGCUACAACCCUCAUGCAAAAGAGUGCGGUGGGGUGCUGACCGAGCAGCAGCGAAUUAUUAAAUCUCCAGGAUAUCCUAACGAAUACGAGAAUGAACAGAUCUGUUACUGGCACAUCCGGGUUAACGUCGGUCAGCCCAUUGUCUUGCAGUUCCUAGAGAUGGAUAUUGAAGAAGACACGGACUGCCUGUCCGACUACCUGGAAGUAUAUGACAGCUAUGACGACGUUCACAAUUUAGUGGGAAGAUUUUGUGGAGACAUGCUUCCCGAUGACAUCAUCAGUACAGGGAAUGUCAUGACGUUAAAGUUCUUGUCAGAUGGUUCAGUCACGGGAGGAGGUUUCCAGAUCAAGUACACAGCGCUCGAGCCGAUCUCCAUCCCAGGAACGAACGAAAGCUUCACGUCCAAAGCCUACAAUGACUUUUUACAUUACAAUAAUGAAUGAAAACAUUCAUGAAAAUACGUCCUCCGAGGCGCAGGGCGAGCGGAAUGAUUUGGAUGGCGGUGGUGAUUCAUCCGUCCUAACGUGGACUGUUCUGGGCAAAGCUCCAAUUGACUUGAACGGGUGAUGACUGAAACACUUAGCGUCCCGCAGACUUUGAUAGAUGACUUCUUCAAGUUUCCAUGUUACAUUAUGUAGUGACCGCGCUGAUUAAUGAUGGGCACGCUGGCGGGCUGACAUCUGUACAUGCACAGGCUGGUGAAAGGGCAAAUAAGCGUUAUCCAUUGCACAUGUACAAUUUUCCAAUGUACUUUCUGUAUUAAUUCUUCACGGUUUUCAAGAUCUCUGCUUGCUGUCAUUCAGCAGGAACCUUAAAGGGGUGAUCCCAUCUCAGCCGUUUUUGGUUGGGAUAAGAUUAGCCAUUGUAUGUGGCUGUCAGGAUGACGGAGCUACAGAAACAGGCAGGCUGGCCCUGCUACGCUGUGUGCUUAAAGGGGUUGGCCCAUCUCACACAUUGGGGACAUAUCGCUAGCAUAUGCCCCCAAAUCUCUAAGGCCUCUUUCACACGGGCGAGU